CUGGCAGAAAACAUCAAACCAACAAUAGGUCCAAGAAAAUCCCUGGACCGCAGCUAUGCAGCUGGCCGUGCUGUGCGCAGUGUGCCUGCUGCCCAGCAGCCUGGCUCUGCCACUUCCCCCGGAGGCAGGAGGCAUGAGUGAGCCACAGUGGGAACAGGCUCAGGGCUAUCUCAAGAGAUUUUACCCAUCUGACUCAAAAACAAGGGGUGCCAACAGUUUAGAAGCCAAACUCAAGGAAAUGCAAAAAUUCUUUCGCCUCCCUAUAACUGGAAUGUUAAACUCCCGCAUCAUAGAAAUAAUGCAGAAGCCCAGAUGUGGAAUGCCAGAUGUUGCAGAAUACUCACUAUUCCCAGAGAGCCCAAAAUGGACUUCCAAAGUAGUCACCUACAGGAUCAUAUCAUAUACUCGAGAUUUAUCACAUUUCCAAGUGAAUCAACUAGUGGAAAAGGCCUUCGAAAUGUGGAGCAAAGAGAUCCCACUGCACUUCAAGAGAAUUAGAUGGGGAAUUGCUGAUAUCAUGAUUGGCUUUGCAAGAGGAGCUCACGGGGACUCCUACCCAUUUGAUGGACCGGGAAAUACACUGGCUCAUGCCUUUUUACCUGGACCAGGCCUAGGAGGAGAUGCCCACUUCGACGAGGAUGAACGCUGGACUGAUGGUAGCAGUAUAGGAAUUAACUUCCUAUAUACUGCAACUCAUGAACUUGGACAUUCUUUGGGUCUUGGUCAUUCGUCUGAUCCUAAUGCUGUGAUGUAUCCAACCUAUGGAGAUAAAGAUUCCAAGGAUUUCAAACUUUCACAAGAUGACAUCAAAGAAAUUCAGAAAUUAUAUGGGGAGAGGAGUGAUUGAAGAAUUACAAAUCAGAGAGAACACACGUUCAUUGGAUUCAUUGGAUUCUAUAUUAUUAUUCCCCAACUAGAACUAAUGAACACUGUUUUUGCACUCCAUUUAGCACUUAUUUUAUUCUUCCUCAUAUUGUAAUUGGUUUCUGCAUGUCUCUCCGUAGGGAUAAGCUCCUUUAUGGCACAAUUGUGUCUCUCCUCAAGCAACUUACACUUAAGAGAUGUCAAUGAAUACUAAACACUCAAAUAAAGUUUUUAUUUCAUGGUAAAAUGAUUUA